AUGGCGGACGAUCGCUCGAGGCAACAGCUCAUCAACCGCCGUACGACCCUCAUCGCUGCACUGGGACGAGGCGAGCAGUUCGUCGAGAAGUACGAGGCGGAACGGGACCAAGGCCAGGUAAAACUGCGUCUCGAGAACCUCGAUACCGUGUGGAUGGGACUGGAGGAUGUGCAGACCCAGCUCGAGGACAUGGAAGUAACCAAUCAAGGUAUGGCACAGAACCUAGCUUUCCGUUCCCACAACGAAACCCGCUACUUCCAAAUCAAGGCUGCCCUCCAAUCUUUCCUCCCCAAUGUACCUACAUCUACUAGCGCAAUCCCCCAAUCGUCUCUCUCCGGGCCCUCCGGUAUCAAAUUGCCAACCAUCACCUUGCCGGAGUUCGACGGCGAUUAUAAUAAUUGGCUAGCAUUCCACGACACCUUCGUCGCCCUCAUCCAUUCUAAUCCCGAAGUUCACGACAUUCAGAAAUUCCACUACCUUCGCGCUGCUCUGAAAGGGGAAGCAGCUCAACUCAUUGAGUCGAUCGGUAUCAGCUCCGCCAACUACACCAUUGCAUGGCAAACACUCGUCUCUCGCUAUGCUAACGACUACCUUCUGAAGAAACGUCACCUACAAGCCCUUCUCGACUGCCCCCGAAUGAAGAAAGAAUCCGCCGCCGCACUGCAUUCCGUCGUUGACGAGUAUGAGCGCCACACCAAAACCCUCCGCCAACUUGGUGAGCCAAUCGACUCGUGGAGCACUAUGUUGCAGCAUCUUCUAUGCCUCCGACUCGACGACGCUACACAAAAAGCUUGGGAAGACUUCGCUACAACCACCGACAACCCCGACUAUGCUUGUCUUAUCGAGUUCCUCCAACGUCGCAUCAGGGUGCUGGAAUCCAUGUCUGUGAAACACCAAGCACAGCCAGCAUCGAAUCACCAACCACCAAUGUUUCGUCGUCAAUCGUUCCACAAAACCGUUUCCCAUGCUGUAACCGAAGCCACCCCUCGAAAAUGCCACUCCUGCGAUCAACACCCACUCUUCCAAUGCCCGAAAUUCGAGAAAAUGUCCACUGCCGAACGACUGCAAGUUGUGAAUGAACAUCAUCUCUGCCACAAUUGUUUUCGCCAGGACCACCUCGCUCGCAAUUGUCAGUCGAAAUUCUCCUGCCGUCACUGCAAGAAACGACACCAUUCAUUGCUCCACCCCGGCUACCACCCACUCAACGCCGAUCAAUCGUCUACCUCGUCUAACACAGCAUCAUGCUCAACGAAGCCCAUCACGAAGCAGGUAGCCAUAACAAACAACAGCAAACGAUCACCCACAUCCACGAAUGCUGUCACUACUCAGGCAACCAAUUCGUCCCAAACAUCGAUCGCGAAUGUUUUGUUGUCGACGGUCGUGUUGAUGGUAAUUGAUUGCAAUGGGCAAGCGCAUCCCGCCCGAGCAUUAUUGGAUAAUGGCUCGCAAUCCAAUAUUAUCAGCGAUCGGCUAUGCCAACUUCUACGACUGAAGCGGAAAAAGAUCAGCAUCCCUGUGUUCGGUGUCGGUGAGUCCUCCUCCAACGUGAACCACUCCGUCAGUGCCACCAUCCGAUCGCGAACCUCGAACUUCGAAAUCGGAUUAGAUUUUCUGGUCAUGCCCCGUAUUACGAUUGACUUGCCUGUGGUUUCCUCUUCUGCCGAUGACUGGCAUGCCCCCAAAGAUCUGUCCCUAGCCGAUCCCACCUUCAACAAGACCGGCGCUAUCGAUAUGCUGCUCGGAGCCGAGCACUUUUUCACCUACAUUAACCCUGGUACCCGAGUCGAAGAAGGUGAAAAUCCCGUCCUUGUCGAAAGCGUUUUCGGUUGGAUUGUAACCGGUAGAAACCAAAAGCCCAUCACAUUGCCCACCGUAGCUUGCCACGUCUCACUUUCCGAUCCCCUCCAGGAAGCACUGGAACGCUUUUGGCGCAUCGAAGAAGUGGAAAAUCAACCAAGCUACUCCGUGGAAGAACAGCAGUGUGAAUCUCACUAUUCCUCCCACGUUUCCCGCACUCCCGAGGGGAGAUAUGUGGUCCGUCUGCCUCGCCAUCCGAACUUCGACCACAUGCUUGGUGAAUCUAAAUCCGCGGCCCUUCGUCGUUUUCAUUGCCUUGAGAAACGGCUGAGCAGAGAGCCGCAUCUGAAAGAAUAA